GCAGCUUUGGCACGCUUUGAUGUUUACAUCAUCUAUGACAGACACCGAGCGAAACCAUGAAGGCUCUAAUUUUAGUGGGUGGCUAUGGUACUAGGUUAAGGCCUUUAACCUUAAGUAGACCAAAACCUUUAGUCGAAUUCUGUAACAAACCAAUGAUGAUGCACCAAGUGGAAGCUCUUGUCGAAGCUGGUGUUGAUCAUGUUAUAUUAGCUGUUAGUUAUAGGGCUGAAAUGUUGGAAGAAGAAAUUAAAAAAGAGGAAGAAAAGCUAGGAAUCAAAAUAAGUAUAUCUCAAGAAGAUGAACCUUUAGGGACAGCUGGACCUCUUGCAUUAGCAAGGAAAAUUCUAGAAGGCCCAGAGCCAUUUUUUGUUUUGAACAGUGAUAUCAUUUGUGACUUCCCUUUUAAGGAGAUGGUAUUGUUUCACAAACAUCAUGGGAGAGAGGGAACGAUUGUUGUGACAAAAGUAGAAGAACCCGCUAAGUAUGGUGUUGUUGUAUAUGAUCAAAUUGGGAAAAUAGAGCGUUUUGUUGAAAAGCCACAAGAGUUUGUAUCAAAUAAGAUUAAUGCCGGUCUAUACAUGCUGAAUUCUGCUAUUCUCAAUAGAAUACAGCUGAGGCCUACAUCUAUAGAGAAGGAAAUUUUUCCGGAAAUGGUUUCAUCAAAUCAACUUUUUGCUUUUGAGUUACAAGGUUUCUGGAUGGAUGUUGGCCAACCAAAAGAUUUUCUGACUGGAAUGUGUUUUUUCCUAAACUACUUAAAGCAAAAGCAACCAUCAAGGCUGCAUCAUGCAUCGUAUACUGUUGGAAAUGUUUUGCUGGAUUCUAGUGCAAGUAUCGGAGAAAAUUGCCGAAUUGGCCCAAAUGUCGUUAUUGGUCCUAAUGUGGUAAUUGAAGAUGGAGUGUGUAUCAAAAAGUGCACUUUACUUAAAGGAGCUCAUGUAAAAUCUCAUUCUUGGUUAGAGUCCUGCAUAAUUGGUUGGAAAUGUGUCAUUGGACAGUGGGUUCGUAUGGAAAACACCUCUGUCCUUGGAGAAGAUGUUAUUGUAAAAGAUGAAAUGUAUGUAAAUGGUGGAAAGGUUUUACCACAUAAGGCAAUAUCAGAGUCUGUUACAGAACCACAAGUCAUAAUGUAGCGUAUGUUCUAAUAUGUAUCUUUUUACACAGAUUUUUAAAUGCAAAGACUUAAUGAAACUAGAAAUAAAUUUUUCUAAAAUCAGAACAAAAUAAUGAAUAUAAGCUUUAUUAUUUUAAAAUAUAGUUUAAAUAAUUCUUGCUUACAUGAAAAUGAAUGUUAUAUUUGUACUGUAUUUUAUUGUUUAUGAUGUAAAAUUAUGUAAAUGAACAAAUUUAAUUGCUAAAGUUCUGUCUCUUUUACAUUCCAUUAAAAUGCAACUAAAACUUUUGUAACCUAAGAUAUGUGAAAUAAUGUAUCCUGGCCAAUUCGCAAUGAAAAUUAUUAAUACAUAUUUCCGAAUUAUAGGAACGAUAAUAAAAAUGGCUUGAAUGUUCUUAAAUGUGCAGUUUUUUAAAAAAAGUUUAUAACCAUUCAAUAGGAAUAUAAUUGAGUAAAUUCGCCAAUUAUAUUGUUUUCCCCUUUGGGUUUGCUAUUAUAAAAAAAUAAUAAUAAUAAAGAGAUGGAUGGAAAUUUAUAGUUUUGAAUUUUAGAUUGAAAACUAUUUUGUCUGUUAUUCAUUGUAUAGGAAUAUUAAAUUGAUUUUAAUACUAAUCUAUAAAAAUAAUUUAAUAAAGCUAUAAAAUUUUAUUUCCGUUCAAAUGUUGAUCCAGAAUAUUACAUAUUAAAAUGAAAAUAGGAUUCAAGUAAUGCAUUUAAUUAUUGCAUUUCUCCUCAGUUUUAUGCAAAAAUGUAUUGAUUAUUUUUUGUUGAUAUUUGAUAAAUUUUAAACAUUUUUGUUCUCAAAAACAUUAUGCAUUUUUUAUUUAAUGAACAAAAUGUCACAUUGAUCUCAACAGGCCAACAUUUUUUCCUGUCAAAGAAUUUCCAAAUUUUAACUAUUCACUAUUUUUUAAACUAUUCCUUGCAUGAAAUAAAUAAAUACCUAUUUUUUGCAUUGAAAAAGGCGUUCCCUAUAACGCCCAAACACGUGUCUGCUGUAAUUGGCAGUUUGUGCUUUUUUGACGUUUUUUCUUACUUUAUUCCUUGCAUGUUGUAAAGUAUAAUACUGAAUGCAUACAUCCAUCCGAGUUCAAAAUAUUCAUUUUCAUAUUGGUGUAUGGGAUUUCUAACCGAAAGUGAUCAAGUGUUUCAUUCCAAAGAUUUAUUUUCUUGUUUUUCAUCAUAUUUGCCAUUACACUGCCAUACAUUCUGUGCCUUGAUGUUAUUUUAUGUGCUGUUUUAAAUAUGAUUAUGAGCUAAACUUCUUCAGAUCAAAUCUUUAAAAUAAUUUAUUAUUUUUCUGUAUUUUUAUAACUGUGGAAAUAUUUGUGAGUUGCCACUAGAAAUGGUAAAAUGUUACUGGAUUCAAAAAUUUGCCACCAUUCAGAGCCUAUAUGGUUUGUCCCAAAAGUAAGACGACGUUUCUCAAAAAAAAAGUCAAACAUGUAAUAAAUUUAAUACUCUUCAAGAUAGUCUCCUCCUGCAUCUAUACACCUUUGCCCAUGUGUUUGCCAUGCAUCGAAGGUCUUCUGGAACUCGCUUUUGGGAAUGCCGUUAAGGCACCUCGUCGUGGUCUUUUGAAUUUUGUUCAGGAUCUUCUGAUGCUGGGAGCAAGAAGAAGUCGUCUGUGGCACCAUUGAAACACCGAUCUGGGUCAGAUAGGAGUUGACAAGGAAGGUGGUCAGACAAGACUUUUGGCACAAGUUUCUUGAAAAUCUUGUGAAUGGUCAAUUCUUCCAUAACAAUUCAACGAACAUUGAAGUUUUCGGCAAAUUUAAUUUUUCUGACAUCAAUUGAACACUCAUUCGAAGGUCUUUGUUCAGCAAAUCUCGCAUACGAGAGACAUUAUCGUCCGUUUGUAAUGACGAUAGACGCCCAGAAGGAGCCUCAUUGGUGAUUUCCUCCCGGCCGCCUUUGACCAACUUGUGCCACUUUUUCACCUGCUAGUACGACAAGUAAUCAUCCUUGAAGACCUGAGUGAACCAAUCAAACGUUUUCAUUGUCUUUUGAAGUUUGACGCAAAAUUUUAAUCGCACAGCAUUGCUCCAAAGUUCUCUCCAUGACGAUGGCUCUGCGCAGAAGUUCACUAAAGUUGACCUCCCACUGCUCAGAGAGCUCAUAGAUAACUGAACCUGGUGUCUCUGGAAAGCUCGAGUUCUCCCUAACAUUUCCAACUGGUCGCGCAGGUGUGGGCAAUAUAGUGUAGUGGGCACAUUAUUGAAGAUGCAGUCACAUUAAAAAUAUGCCCUUUUGUUAAAAUCACGUAACUUUUCAAAAAAGGAAGUAGUAUGGUAUCUUCAUUAGAUUUUUUUUUGUCAUUUUAAUACUCUUUCUCCAAGAAGCCUACCUAUGUUUUAAACUUCAAAUGAUUUUUUCUCAAAACUUAACCAAGUCUACUUCUCACUGCCACAGUUGUAAUUUACAAUAAUUAUCUCCAAGUUUGUUGAAUUGUCAUACAAAAUGUACUGAAUAAGGUAAUUUUUUUGGGAAGUCACUGUGACCUCCCAUCAGGGCACUCCUAAUGAUAAGGACUAAGUCUUUACUUAGCUGUAUGAUACAAAUGUUUUCAUAUGCUAAUUGUAAGAAGAAUAUUGUGAAAUGAGAACAUUUGUGCAUUUAAUAUUGUUAAUUUUUGUUGCUGGUAGUUAUUAAAGGCCAGUACCUGAAAUUGAUAUUUUAGUAACAUAGUUAACAUUUCAUCACGUAAUUGGUUAUACCUUUUUAACAUUUAAAAAAAUUCUGAAAUAGAACAAAACUUCAGAAUAAUAGUAUUUUAAAACAUUCUUUAUGGUGCAAUAUUUCACUUACAAAAAAAAUGGUCUGAUGUAUUUAAAAAUUUUACACACUUAUUAAUCUUAUUUCUUUAAAAGAGUUGAUGCUACAAAUCAAACACAAAAUGUGAAGCAUUAUGAAUAUAAAUUAGAUAAAAGAAAUGCUAUUAUUAUGUGCAUGAAAAAAAAAGGUUAUGCAAUUCAUAUUUUUUUAUUUUAUAAAAGUAUAUAAGGCCUUUUGUAUGUUUCAG